GCAAGGACGGACGGCGCGCGGCGAUGGGCGGCAGCGAUGGGAAGCUGUACAUCUACGACAUUGGCGACAUGGCGCUCUACCGCGAGUCCGAGUGGACGGAGAUGCAGAAGACGGUGUCGGGCUUGAUGGGGACACCUCAGGCGAAUGGGAUGGACGUAGAGGCGGCGAAGAUCGUUGCGGGUCGCUGAGAUACGGAGUAUGCUUCUGGCUUAUUGUAACGUCCUUCACGACCGUGUUGCCAUGAUACUCGCUGACAGCGACGACACUUCUGCAGUGGAAAGAAGGUCUUGCACAAUAGAGUCGCUGUUAUCGAUACCAUCAGGGUGACCUGAGUGUGACUACCACCCCGUGUGUGCAGCGUGCAGCUGCAUAAGUACAAUAGGCCUUCCCAGAGUCUCUCUUGCCAUCCUUGCCUUUCCCCCUCCUCUCUCCCCGACUCUGAGUAUACCGCGAGAUGGACAUCGACUUCAUUGACCCGGGCAAUCACACAGACGUGACGAUGCACACGGCAUCUGAGUAUGGGCGUGGUGGAGAUACGGCUCCGGAGACAGCAGAGUCGUUUGAUGAGCAUGAAGACCCUGACGAAGAGGCGCCUGAAGGGCACGCGCUCGCUUCACGAGACUCACCCCUCAAGACGCCCCCCAAGCGUCGCAGUAAGGCAGGCAAGCUCGCCGCGUUCAAGGAGCUGCCAGUCGACGUACUGUACGAGAUCCUUCUGCUGCUGAAUCCCCAAGAUCUCCUGGCCUUCGCUCGGACCAACAAGUAUCUGCAGGCGAUUCUGGUACACUCGGAGUGCCGCUUCGUCUGGAAGGCAGUCAGAGAACGUGUUGGGUAUCCGGCGCCCCGUGAGGCCCUCUACGAGUACUGGUGGGCAAGCCUGCUCUUCGGGAGGAAGAUAUGCCAGAUUUGCGGUAGUUCUCCGGUCAAAAACAUUGACUGGUACCUUCUGAAGCGUGUCUGCACGAGAUGCAAGGAUGAGCAACGAAGUCUGUUUCGUGAUACAGAGUUCAAGGAGGAAUAUCCUAAGAAGGACAAGCUAGUGCUUGACCUGGUGCUGCAUACACCCUAUCGAACGACCGUACAAGCCUACACGCCCCAAAAGCAGUUUUACUUGCGCAGUGACGUCGAUAGCAUGCUGAAGGAGAUCGCCAUACACAAGAGGAGGAUCUCCAAGCGAAGGGCUGGUGCGAAACAGGCCUUCGAUGAGUUCAAACAGAAGCGCAUCAAGUUUGUCGAGAAGACACACGACCUUGCCUACUCGCGCGCCGAGUGGGCCGGAAAGGUCUAUAAGAAGACCGUCAGCGAGGGCGAAAAGUUGGGUGAGGAACGAAGGGCCGCGAUCAGGGAGCGGCUGCUGCAACUAGGCUACGACGAGAGAGAUGUCGCCGACGCCGUUGACGUCGAUAACACGAACAUGACCGUCCAGAAGAAGCCGCUCACGGACUUGGCAUGGUCCCACAUUCGUGCCAAGUGGGUGGCCGAGGUUGAAUACCAUCGCUCGUUCAGGGAAGAGAAGGAACUUAGGCAGCGCCAGCGUGCGGAAGCCGAAGCAGAGAGGCUGCGCCAACUGCAGCUCGCUGCGCGCAGGGAGCGCGAGCGUAUCGUCACUGAGAUUUACAGCGGGUGGUGCUGCAAGACUCCCGCCUUUAAUCCAGAACUGACAUUUUUGGCGCUCCCUCUACCGCACGAGAUCUUUGAUCUCAGCCCCAUGCGCGAGCUGAUUGAAGCCGACGCAAAUGUGGUUGUGGAUAAGCGCCGUCUCCAGCUUGCACUGGAAAAGUGCAUGCCGCAGAUCAACGAGUUAUGGGCGCAACGCCAUGACUUCUUGCGUGGAGUUGCCGCCCGUAUCAGCCAUUGCAUGCGGCAGGCCGGUUCUUCAUCAUUGGAGGACGAUUCCUACGUUCUUCGCGUGGUAUGGACCCAGUGCGAUUUCAACGUUGCUACCCCAUUGGCGGAGGAACAAGAGAUAGGCCUGACCUUCAGCGACUUCGUCUUCUACUGGCGUUUUCACUGGAACGAACUUCCGCCGGAGAGUCAGAGCUGGGAAGUCUUAUCGCGGGUCACCUACAAUAAGCGCCGCUCGCUCGUGGUGGCUUCCCUCAUGGAAGCUAUGGGCUUUCCUAGGACGGCGCUCGACGAAUUUUUCACAACAGACGGGCCGCGCUUUUUGUGCAUGCGCUGCCCGUCGAUAAAGACCGAUGACACGCAUGGGCGAUGGGCGAUGACGUGGCAAGCUGCUGUUGUACACACUGAGAGAUGCCAUGCAGGCGUUGAUUGUGCUUGGCAAUGGCAAUUGCUUUCGGCAGCGGAUACUGCUCGUGUCAAAGCGCUGGAAUCCUCUACACACUUGGCUGACAAAGUAUGGUCCUGCUCCCAUUGCCGCGUGCAUUGGAACAACUGGAAGACCUUUGAAGAGGUUUGCGAACACGCAGAAAUGAAGCACAAGGAAGGGACGAAAUUCGGCCGCAUGGCUAUCACCACACAGCCGAAUUACAUUAAGCCUCUUCCCUUCGCGUGCUUGCGCGAGGCGCUUGUCUCUAAAAAUCAGGCGGAUGACGAAGACCGUACACAGGCAGCCAUUCUUUCUGCUGUGCAGUGUUCUGCUGAGAUACGAGAACGACUACGCGUUGAGGCCGUCCAUCCGUACUUUGGUCCUGAGAACAAACGCAGCAUUCUGGGCAAGAUAGUCGGUAGAGCCAUGCAGAAGCUCAAUCCCGAAGUGGAAACCAACUACGAAACGGUCUACGCGCGAGCUGUGCAUCCCUGUUACUCCGACGUUUCGGCAGUUCAGAUAUUGCCGAGCAGGGGGAGAGCAGACUCUGUGAUCACCCUUCCCGUCUCUUUGACGGAGGCUCUGUCCCCACAGUUGCCUACGCUGAGUCCCGGCAUUAAGGAAGGUAGAUUGUCGACGGAGUCGCCGCCCGUCGUGCAAGUGAACAUUGCUCACGCCCCUAUCAUGGCGCCAAUGGAUGCUCUCGAUGAAUGCUCGGCCCGCGCGCUUGGAACCUUCGACGUCUCCACGGAUUCCGGCGCUGCAGCUUUGGUUUCUCUGCUGUCUUAUCAUCAGCUUGGGAUUGCAACGUGCGCUACCAAGGCACAACUUCACGCACCAUGGGUGAAGCGCACCUUGCUAAGCGACCGCUUUCAACCGUGGCAAGUAGGCCUCGUCGCGGACUUGGGUCUCGACAACUGCGAACUUACCCCAGAAUCCCGCGUCCAUUGGUGGAUUUCUGGUCAUGGCGAGGCCGAGUCCAUCGUCUCUACCGCCAAUGUACCGCCUUCCGCUGACAAGGGCUACAGGAACGAACCCAACUUCGGUCAUAGCAAUAUUCGCUCGGAGAACUUCGAUGAUUCAGAGGUACCUGAAGAGCUCAUCGAUGAUGCGGUUGUUGAGGGGAAGAUACAAAAGUUCGAGAACGCAAGACGUAUCUGGAAAAGUGAGAAAUGCAAGGAUUCGUGCGAAGCGGCAAGGUCCUCAUCCGUGUCUUCGUCAAUUGAUAUCUUGGGCGAUCGUUAUUAUUCUCCGGCUGUGUACACUCCCUUGCGAGUUCCCGACUGGCUCAGCAUCUCAUGGCCUGAUCAGUCGAUGUGUCAGGAGAUUCGCAAGAAAUACUUGCUUCCCACAAUGCUACAACUGCCCGUCGACCGCAUCGAUUGCGCCUAUGUGCAGGGCAGCUACCAGCCUUUGCAUCUUCGUGGACAGCGUUUAGUUGUUGGCCCUGUCGAGCACCAUUCUCACAGUCGUGAAUUCAAUCUGGGACAUGGGGAGUUCGAGGCCCUGAAGCGUUUUGUGAUGGAAAACACUAUCGAAAGCGCGAUGCGCAAGCUAGAUGAUCGCGUACUGGACCUCUCGCAGCUGAGCAACGAUGCCGAGACGAUUCUGCUACGUGCUACUCCCGCCAUCAUUGCCGCCUCCAAUGACGCCAAUCAGCACCUUCGUAAACACAACGAAUCCGAGAUUAAGCAGCAAUGGCAAAGGAUCCUCCGCGCCGUUGUCAGCGCAUGUCCCAACAUCGAGGGGAGGUAUCUGGAUGCUAUCGCAGAACGUGCCACGCCUCUGUCUCGCAAUGAGCUCGCUGACGAUAUGAUGAGGGGAUCCAACACACUUAAAGAGGAUAUGGAAGUACAUGCAAUGUACCUCAACCCUGUGGCCCUGGCGCAAGUCAAACACGAUCGAAUACAUAACAAGUGGCGAAUCGCUGUGUCGAAGGACAUGGGCAACGACUCGGACGACCCGGACGACUCGGACGACUCGGACUAUGAUAGUGAUGAUGCCCGCGAUGGCAACAUCGACAAUCGCGCCGUUGACAACGAGGCUGGUCACAGCGAUGGCGACGAAUUCGACCUCGCCUCUCGCAUGAAACGGUCUCUGGCUGCCGACCAGGACCGCUCCUUGACCGCCGUCCACGACCUGUACACCCGCAUGCGGGAUCUGCAGGGUCAGUACGAGAAGCAGACGCCGGACGAAAACGCUUUGAAAGCACGACUUUUGCGCUACUUCGAUCGGGGCAGCACUUUUGACGGGUGCCUUGUCUGGAGCUUUCGUGGAUACUUUUCCGAGAAAUACUCGCUUGACGAAAUCAAGAGCUAUCGUUUCUUCAACUUCGAUGACGCCAAGCAGGCCAAAGAUUCGGGACAAGUCGCCGAACCGAGCAAGAGCGCCAGCCAUGCAGUGGAUCGCGCCGAAGCGGCGGUCGCUUCGCCUGUAGCUUUUACCAGGACGCAAGAGCUACUGGGAGAAGCUCGCGAAGUGGGCGAGGAUUCUCAGUAUCGGGCCGCCACUCCUUCCACCGAAGCUGACUUCGUCGCUGCUGCCGCCGACAGCGAGGAAUGUCAACCUAUGUCAGAGCUCCCUAAUCCCGAAGGCGCCGCUAGGGAGCUAGCAAGUCCGGCCAUAUUUUUCGAGUACAAGGCCGACUCGAAAGACAUCGCUGCUUGUUAUAAUCAGGCGCGCUUCGAUCUCAUCGAUGCCCUGAAGUACCUGGAUUCGCGCAAGAUCCAUAAUUUUCCUGUGUUUGCCGUCGUCGUUGUCGACACCGUGGGUCAUGUUAUCACGGCUUGGAGCGAGAAGGACAAGGUGAGUUACUCUUGA